ACAAAGAAGCAUAGAGUCAGGUCAGCUGACAUAAAUUUUAUCAUUGGUCUUGUGAUAAGUUGUUACUCCGCCAUUCUCGGUUCGCCUAUUCUAUCUUUCUCGUCUCGUUAAAGAUUCAUUAGAACAAAAUGACGGCUAGAGGCGGUUUGAAGACAAUCGCCAAUGAAGAGAAUGAGGAGAAGUUUGGCUAUGUAUUUGCUGUAUCUGGACCCGUCGUAACGGCGGAGAAGAUGUCCGGAUCAGCUAUGUACGAGUUGGUGCGUGUCGGGUACAAUGAGCUGGUAGGAGAGAUCAUCCGACUGGAGGGCGACCUUGCCACCAUUCAGGUAUACGAAGAAACCUCUGGUGUGACAGUAGGUGAUCCAGUACUGCGUACCGGCAAGCCACUCUCUGUGGAACUGGGCCCCGGUAUCUUGGGCUCCAUUUUUGACGGUAUCCAGCGCCCAUUGAAAGACAUCAAUGAGUUGACACAAUCCAUCUACAUUCCUAAGGGUGUGAACGUGCCAUGCUUAGCUAGAGAAACCGACUGGGAAUUCAACCCAUUGAAUAUCAAGGUCGGGUCCCACAUUACCGGCGGAGACUUGUACGGUAUUGUACAUGAGAAUACUCUGGUAAAACACAAGAUGUUGAUGCCGCCCAAGGCCAAGGGUACCGUCACCUACAUCGCGCCUUCAGGCAAUUACAAAGUCACUGACGUGGUACUGGAGACGGAGUUCGACGGCGAGAAGGCACAGUACACUAUGUUGCAAGUGUGGCCGGUGCGACAGCCGCGCCCCGUCACUGAGAAGUUGCCAGCCAACCAUCCCCUGCUCACCGGACAGCGUGUGCUUGAUUCACUUUUCCCGUGCGUACAGGGUGGUACCACUGCCAUCCCCGGAGCCUUCGGUUGUGGCAAGACUGUCAUCUCACAGGCUCUUUCCAAGUAUUCCAAUUCUGACGUCAUCAUCUACGUCGGUUGCGGAGAGCGAGGUAACGAAAUGUCUGAAGUAUUGCGGGACUUCCCCGAGCUGACUGUGGAGAUCGAGGGCGUCACUGAAUCUAUCAUGAAGCGUACUGCUCUGGUCGCCAACACAUCCAACAUGCCUGUCGCUGCCCGUGAGGCCUCCAUCUAUACUGGCAUCACACUUUCCGAGUACUUCCGUGACAUGGGUUACAACGUGUCCAUGAUGGCUGACUCCACGUCUCGAUGGGCCGAGGCGUUGCGUGAGAUCUCCGGUCGUCUGGCUGAGAUGCCUGCCGAUUCGGGCUACCCCGCCUACCUGGGUGCUCGCCUGGCUUCCUUCUACGAGCGUGCCGGCCGUGUCAAGUGUAUGGGCAACCCUGACAGGGAAGGCUCCGUAUCCAUCGUGGGUGCCGUAUCCCCGCCCGGUGGUGACUUCUCCGACCCUGUCACUUCAGCUACGCUCGGUAUCGUCCAAGUGUUCUGGGGUCUCGACAAGAAACUUGCCCAGAGGAAACAUUUCCCCUCCAUCAACUGGCUUAUCUCAUACAGCAAGUACAUGCGUGCGCUGGAUGACUUCUAUGAGAAGAACUAUGGCGACUUUGUACCACUCAGGACCAAGGUCAAGGAGAUCCUUCAAGAGGAAGAGGAUCUGUCUGAAAUCGUGCAGCUGGUCGGCAAAGCUUCGCUGGCUGAGACCGACAAGAUCACCCUUGAGGUUGCCAAGCUCCUUAAAGACGACUUCCUCCAGCAGAACAGCUACUCGGCGUACGAUCGCUUCUGCCCGUUCUACAAGACGGUGGGCAUGCUCAAGAACAUAAUUGCGUUCUACGACAUGUCGCGACAUGCCGUCGAGUCGACCGCGCAGUCAGACAACAAGGUCACCUGGAAUGUCAUCCGCGACGCUAUGGGCAAUGUCCUCUACCAGCUCUCCUCCAUGAAGUUCAAGGAUCCAGUAAAAGACGGCGAGGCUAAAAUCAAGGCAGACUUUGACCAACUCCUCGAAGAUAUGUCAGCAGCCUUCCGUAACCUCGAGGACUAAGAUACUGGCGCGUUCACGUCAGACGAGCGGCAUCUAAAACGGGGCUAUAAUCACAAACUAUCCCAUUACAUAUUUAAUAAACAAUACCAUGGACUAAAUAAUAAUAUAUUGGAAUCACCCAAAGCCUAAUUAAGGGGUGAAUAUAGCUCGCUCGAGUUGACAUUUCUUGUUAAUACUUAGUAAUAAUACGUGUUGAAGUCUAUGUAGAGUGCAUAGGUUUAUAUUACUCGUUUCAAAUCAAAUAUUCGUGAUGCUAUUGUUGAUCAAUCGAGUCGUAGAUUCUCAGCGAGGUGCGCGCGCUCGAAUAAUGGCACUAAAUACGUUACCCGCAGUUUCCAACGUCGGUUAGUCUCAUUCGGUCGCGCGACUCUAUGCAGUUAGUUGUUAUUUAUAUUCUUAUUAUUAUUAAAUAAAUAUACUAUUUAUAUACACUAACAAUCAAUUAUUUGGCCCAUUGAUAUUUUAUGAAUCGUCGAUAAUAUCGAGUACCCUCUUGCAUUCCACGUUGUUUUAGUUGUAUGGAAAUUUAACAAUUCUUUUCAAUGACUUGUUUCAGUUUUUUUUUAUUAAAACGAUUAUCUAUAUUCAGUAUUAUGUUACAAGUGAGUGCACAUUCUACGUAAGUGUAGUUGUUUUGGUUUCAAUGUGUACAAAUAUAUCCGCGCAAUAAUAUAUUUCUGUGACGUUAAGUGUUGAGAGGUGAAGAAAGUUAUGAAUAAUAAAAAAAUAUAA